UUCCUGUAUCAAUUCGUCACGCCUGCGCAUCCGGAGAACGCGUCUCGUCAGCGGGAGUGCGUCAAACGUCAUCAUCGUGGCAAGAUGGUGGCCACCAGAAGAGGAACACGCGUGGGCUCCCCUGUGAAAAAUACUAGCGAUGAAAACUCAGGAGCCACGCAGCCUACUCCUUCGACCAGAAGAACACGGCGCAGAACGCUAAUGGAGGAAAACCAGUCCCAGUCUGAACUUGCAGACGACUCCCAGCCAGAUGAGCCGAAGGAUGACCGUACUGCCUCUUCCUCAGUUGCUAGUCCGCUCAAGCGAGAAAGUAGAAGAUCCACACGUCUCCUUGCUGACAAAAAGGAACCAAACUCUACCAAUGAAGCUGAUGUGUCUGAGUCAGAGUCCUGCUGCUCUGUAGUUUCUGAGGUGCAGGGGACUCUCAGAACCCGACAGAGGACUGCAGUCAGGGACAAGCCCACUGUGCAAGACGAGGCAUCUGAAGUUGAAUCCUGCUCAUCUGAGUUGUCAGUGACCCGUUCUCGGAGAGCUCCACGCAGCCUGAGGAAGCGUGUUCUGACUUCAGCUGCUACAAAAGAUGCCGCAAAGAAUGAAGAUGAUGAUCCUUCAGGGGACGAGUCCUGCAGUUCUGCUGUAUCCUUCACUACAGCUAUGGAAACUCGUCGUAUAACAAGGAGUCAUCGGAAGACUGCUGUUCCUUCUGCAGAAGCAGAUUCAUCUGGACCAGAGUCAUGCUCCUCCAGCGUUUCUGGCCUUCAUGGCUCUGUGGUCCGCAGAUCUGCUCGAAACCAGGUCAAGCUGACCCAGCCGAUCCCUUUGAGCUUUGAGGAAAGCACAGACAGCCCUUCUUCUCCAGUGUCCAAGAAGAGAGGCCAUAGGAAUAAGGUUGAUGAGGAAAAUGAGUCAGACGGAUGCAAGUCUGUUCCUAGCACAAGUCUGUCGAGAUCCAACAGGCGUCAAACCAAACCUGGUGAGUCUGAUUCAGAAUCAUUAGCUACUGAUGUCUGCCAUUUUCAGGGGAGCCCAAGCCUUCAAAGAGGAAGGGGGACUCCUUGUAGUAGCCGAACGGGGUCUUCUAGUAGUACCUGUGCGGUUCCUGUAACCAGGGCAAGUAAAGCAAAAGUGAAUUCUGAUGUUGGUGACACCUUUACAACUGUUGCUGCCAUGCCUGAGGAACUGGGUGAGGAGCAUGAACCUCAUCCUGAAAGUUUUCCAGUACCUGAUGGUGAUAAAGCUGAAGACACAGUAGAACAAUUGGAUAGCACUGUGACCAUGGAUACCAGUGAAGCUCAAGAAUCCAUCAUGAUUGAGGAGAGAGCUGAAGAUACCACUGUAGUUCUUGAUCAGGAUGAGGCCAUCGAGAUGCAGGGACCCCAGAGCAUCUCGCAGGAUAUCGAGGCGGUGGAGGACAGUGGAACUGAAAUUCUGACACUUCAAGAAAAACCUGUGGAUGAAACUUCUACUGUGGUAAUUGAAGAGCCUGAAGAUCUUGCCAUGGAAAGUGAUGAGCCAGAGUUUGUGGAGACGAGCCAUGUUGCUGAAAAUCUGGUAGACCCCACCGUAGAAGAUCCUGUGUCAACUGUGGUUGAGGAGCAUGAGAACAAGAUUGAGUGUGAAAAGAAAGGUGUAAUCGUUUAUGAGGAAGCUAAUGAUACCAUUAAGACAACUGGAAAUGAUUCUGUAAUGUUGAAUGACCUUGAAGGCCCUUCUACAAGCUCACACACUGAACCAAAUUUGAUCACCACAGAGGAAAUAUCCAAGAAACUUCCUCCUCAGAAAAAAAGGAUCAGUUUACUCGACAGCAGUGAGGAUGAAGACAGUGCGGAUGAAGGUCUGUCUUCAGAGGAGGAAGGUCGUUCACAGAAAGUUGAAGACGAUGUGAUACACCCUGUUGGAAAUCAGGCAUCAGAAAAACCAGAGGCACAUGGUGAUGGACUGUUUGUCAUAGACACUAAACCUGGACUACAGUCUGAGAAACAGUAUUAUGUUAAUGCCAAGCAAACAGAGGAAGAGGAUGAGGAGGAUUUUGUUGAUGAGGAAGAUGAUGAUGAUGAUGAUGAAGAUUCAAAAGUGCUGUUCACUUCCAAAAAGCCUCUUAUACAGCUAUCUAGUGUCAUUGACACGGGUCUGAAAAUGAAGGAACUUGGUGGUUUGUACAUCAGUUUUAAUGGCAACAACCCAAAGAGUCUUUCCAACAGUUCGAAAACCCAGAACAAUCCAGAUGAGUUGCUGAAGAAGAGUGUUAUCGUUCCGGAUUUUGAGAAAAAAGAUUCUGUUCCUCCAUACAGUGAAUCAAAGCAUGAAGCUAAACUCAAGCGCAAGGCGGAAAGAGAAAAGACAACUGGUGAUGGCUGGUUCAACAUGAGAGCUCCAGAAUUAACAGAAGAGCUCAAAAAUGACCUGAAGGCACUGAAGAUGCGCUCCGCUAUGGACCCAAAGCGCUUCUACAAGAAGAAUGACAGAGAAGGACCUCCCAAGUACUUUCAGGUUGGUACAGUGGUUGACAACCCAGUAGACUUUUAUAGUUCAAGAAUCCCUAAGAAACAAAGGAAAAGGACCAUGGUGGAGGAGCUGCUUGCAGAUGCAGAGUUUAGAAGCUAUAACAAAAAGAAAUAUCAAGAGAUCAUGGCAGAAAAAGCAGCACAGGCCGCUGGCAAGAUGAACAAAAAGAAGCACAAGUUUCAUAAAAAGAAAAUUAAUUUAUAAUUUCAUAAGACAAAUCAGUUUUUUUUUGUCCUCUUUCCUGAACAAGAAUUGUUUAGCCUUUGUAAAUAUAAGGCAACUAUUUUUUUUUUCAGUGGAUUAUUGAACAACCAUUUUUAGUGUUAUAAUCAUAUGCAUUGCAUGUAAAAAAGAAACACAUGCAGCUUGUACAGAGACAAUGAUUUUAGAGAUUGUCUGACUGAUUACACCUCUGUGGAUUCACAAUUAAUCAAGUCCAAAGAAAGUGUACUGUAGUAAAUUAAAUAACAUCUUGUCAAACUCCCA